CCGCCAUUUUGACAGCCGGGCUGUCAAUUUAUUUGGUUAUCAUAUUGUCAUAUCAACACAAUGUCGAAUACGUUUUGAUUAGUGUUUGUUUAUUGUUGAAAAAUUCUGUGCCGAAGUAAUAAAUAACCGUAGUUGACAUCGUUAUCAAAAUAAUCAACAAGGAAAUCAUUUAAUUUAAUUAAAUUUAUUAACGAAUUAAAAAAAUAAGCACCCAUGAUGAGCACACAACCGAGUCCCGCGAACCAAACUGUCGAACGGGAAAAAGUGUUCCAGUGGAUUCUGGAACUUACGAAUCCAGAAACCAGAGAGAACGCUUUACUGGAGCUGAGUAAAAAACGUGAAGUAGUGCCUGACUUGGCCCCCAUGCUGUGGAACAGUUUUGGAACGACGGCUGCUCUUCUCCAAGAGAUAAUUAACAUCUACCCUGCCAUAAAUCCAGCGACUUUAACGGCACACCAGUCCAACCGGGUUUGCAAUGCUUUAGCGUUACUCCAGUGUGUGGCCUCUCAUCCUGAAACCCGGUCUCAAUUUUUACUUGCCCAUGUGCCCCUUUUUCUCUACCCGUUUUUGCACACAGUGUCAAAAACGCGCCCUUUUGAAUACUUGAGGUUGACAAGUCUGGGUGUGAUUGGUGCUUUAGUGAAGACUGAUGAACAAGAAGUUAUAAACUUCCUCCUCACUACUGAAAUUAUCCCUCUUUGUUUGCGCAUUAUGGAGUCAGGAUCUGAAUUAAGUAAAACCGUUGCUACGUUCAUUUUGCAGAAAAUUUUAUUAGAUGAUAGUGGCCUUUCAUACAUUUGCCAAACAUAUGACAGAUUUAGUCACGUGGCGAUGAUCUUAGGUAAAAUGGUGCUAGCUUUGGCGAAAGAACCCAGCGCCCGACUUCUUAAGCAUGUUGUGAGAUGUUAUUUAAGGCUCUCGGAUAAUCCAAGAGCAAGAGAAGCUUUAAGGCAAUGCCUCCCUGAUCACUUGAGGGACAAUACUUUUACUGUGUGCCUUCAAGAAGACAAGUCUACAAAACACUGGCUGUCGCAAUUACUGACGAAUUUGGAGACUCCUGGUACCACAGAGUUGCGUCAAGGGGGCAUCUCGCCCCUAACUUCCCAAUAGUGGAGAAUAAUUUGUGAUUAUUUCGUCUUUCUUUAUUUUUUCAUUCUGAAAAUAAAGGUGUAUGUGUAAAUAACUUUAUAUUCAUGCUGCUUUGUAUUUUAUUUGUGUAAUUGUGGUCCAAAGAUUGGAUUUUCAUGUUUUGAGAGUUAGUUCUUUAUAGAGAUGUUUACUGCCAUUUUGUUUUAAUUUUGUUGUAUAAAUUAAAUUGAUUAAACUGGCAUUAUUUUCA